UUCAUUUUCUUGAAGGGAAGAUUUUAUAGCUGAAGUAGCUGAAUUUCUGCACACAUCAGGACAGAGCUUCUCUUCAAGGAAAGGAACGAUUUAAGGAGGCACAUGUUUCCUUCUUAACUGCCUCUUUUCUCUGAAAUAGAGCAGCACAGAUUCUUUUAUUUUUCUUUUCUGCAGCUGGAGUUUAAAUGGCAAACAGAAUCUGCUAUUAGAUUAGAUUACCAGCACUCCAGGGAACAAUGCAAAAAACAACCCUAAUCUACUACCUGUUGCUUGUUUAUUUGUUCGUUGCUCUUGCCCAGAAUAAACCCAAUGGAAUGCCCGGAAGAGCAAGGCGAAGAAUAAUCUAUAGACGAUUACGAAAGGUUCCCUUAAGAAAUUACAGUUUAAAUAAGCAGUCACAAAUUAGACCUCCAAUCUCUAGGACUCCACUAAUGAGCAUCCCACUUACUAAUAUUGAUGAAGAUAUUCCUGGAGUAUUUAACUCUCUUACCCAUUUGGAUGGCCAAGAAUCCAAUUACAAUAUUUUGCCAGGAAAAGAAGGACGAUGCUUUGCUAAUGGAAUGAUUAUGUUUGAUAAAGCUGUGUGGUCUCCUAAACACUGCAUUACAUGCCUCUGUUCAAAAGGAAAGGUGUUCUGUGAUGAAACCUCAUGCAAUCCUGUGACAUGUCACAAAUCUACAAUACUCAAAGGGGAAUGUUGCCCUGUGUGUCUGGAGAAUGUAUCAAGUACAAUUUCUCCAGGAGACACAGCUGAAAUUUCUGGUGAUUCUCCUGUGCCAACUAACCGGAGUGAACCAGUCUUGCGUUAUAUGCAGACACAAGAUCCAAUGGAAAAGAAGGAAGGAAUACUUAAAAAGAAUAUUCAUAUAAAAAAUAAAGCAAAGAUGAAAAAGAGGAGAAUAAAAAGCCACAAGCCAAGAAGAAAACAUGAACAUAUGAAGGAUCAAAGGGAAGAAGAGGUGGAAACCAGAUUGGAGGAAGAAAAAAGAAGAGUUUAUGAAGAGGAAGAGCUAAGAAUUGAGAAAGAAAUUAAAAAACAAGAGCAAGAACAAGAAAAAGAGCAAGAACAAGAACAUGAGCAAGAGCAAGAAGAAAAUGAACAAGAGAAGGAAGGAAGUGAAGAGGAGGAAGACACAUUGUAUGGAGACGUGUUCAGAAUGCUCCCACACUUCCCAAUUCCUGAGCCUUCUACUGAAAUUCCUCCUUUGCCUACCGGAUGCUCUGUCUUAGAAAAUACAGUAAGCUGCAUUAGCACCAAACUCACACAUAUACCCGUAAUCAGGGAUGAAGAGCUUACAAGCAUAGAGCUUGAAGGGAAUGACAUCAGUGAAAUUCCAGAUGGAGCUUUCAACGGGCUGCCUAAUUUGGAGAGAAUUGAUCUUCGUAAAAAUAAAAUCACAUCAUCUGGCAUUGGUCCACAGGCAUUUAAAAACUUGAAGAAUCUGCAACGUUUAUAUAUGGAUGGAAAUACACUAGUUAGUAUUCCACAUGGUUUGCCAUCAUCUUUGGAAGAACUUAAAAUAAAUGAAAAUGAAAUACAUGUAAUUAAUGAAGACAGCUUUCAAGGUUUAAAAAAGUUGCUAAUACUGGAAUUAGAGAGCAACAAGCUUAGUGAAGCAAAUGUCAGCCCUUUAGCUUUUCAGCCUUUGAAAAGCUUGUCAUAUUUGCGGCUUGGACGAAAUCAGUUUAGGACUAUUCCACAAGGUCUUCCCCAUUCUAUUGAGGAAUUAUACCUUGAUAAUAACCAUAUAGAAGAAAUUUCAGAAAUAUGCUUUAAUCAGACCAAAAGCAUAAACACAAUUGUUCUAAGACAUAAUAAAUUAGAAGAAAGCAGAAUAGCCCCAUUGGCAUGGAUCAAUCAUGAGAACUUGGAAUCUAUUGAUCUUUCUUACAAUAAGUUGUAUCAGGUUCCCUCCUAUUUGCCAAAGUCAUUAGUACAUCUUGUACUCAUAGGGAACCAAAUUGACAGAAUUCCAGGAUUUGUAUUUGGACAUAUGAAACCAGGGCUGGAAUACCUCUAUCUUUCAUUUAACAAACUUGAUGAAGGUGGGAUAGAUAUUGUGUCAUUCUAUGGAGCAUACCAUUCUCUCAGAGAAAUGUUUUUAGAUCAUAACCAGUUGAAAUCUGUGCCACUUGGAAUUGCAGAAAUGAAAACAUUAAAUUUUCUAAGACUCAACAACAACAAAAUCAGAGCUGUCCCUCCAGAGCGAAUUUGUAGAUCCAGGUUAAAUAAUGAAGAGGAAAAUGAUGACAUUGACGAGGAAGAAGACUAUGAAGAUUCGCCGUUAGAAUAUCUUCACCUUGAACACAAUUUUAUUAAUACAAGGAACCUUUCACCAUAUGCUUUUUCAUGUGUACGAUCAUAUUCUAGUGUGAUUCUGAAACCUCAGAAUAUUAAAUAAAAUGUUUUGUAAUACAAAACUAUUUUUAUAUGUAAAUAAUACAGUUAUGCUAUUUGUUCUUCACCUGCAAUUAAUAUGUCAUAAAAAGCAUCUGAAUAUUACUGUUGCUUAAUAAUAGUAAUGCUUAUGGCAAUAAAGUAUGGAGUAUGAGUAUGAAGUAUGGAAGUAUGUAGCAUGAAUGUCUCCAAGAAAGUGAUAACAUGCUACAGAUAAAGUGCUAUAUACAUGUAAUAUAAAUGUUUUAAGGAAGAACAAUAAACCUGGAAUUUAUUGAGCUUCCAAUUAAUUUUAGAGUUAGUUCAAUCAAGACAAUUUUCAAUACAAUGAAUUAUAAUAUUUUACAUCCUUUGAAGUAUGCAAUUACAUCAUUAAAAAUAUCCAAAAAUACGUUAAAAAUUAAAAUGUCAUGGUAGUAAAAUAAAAGUUUUGUAAUAUGAAGACUAUUCAUCAGAGCUACAUUUUAAAAACACUGGCUUCUUUUUUCACCAUUGCAAAAUGCAUUCAUCCUAAAUAUGCAACAUCCUGGAGAUCAUCUAAAAAUUCUUAGGAAAAAAAACCUGUACUUCAGACAAUGUGAUAUGCUUGAGAAAACUAUUAAGCAUCUUUUGGAAUCAUAAAGGUAUAUACAUUCUCAACUUGCUAUAUGAUGAGGUAGAUGUAUCAAAAGCUGCCUUCUCUCGUGACUCUACAUUUAACUGGAUUUGCCAAUACCUUUUGUAGGCAGAGUAAUAUGGCAUGAGGCUUACUUAGAUAACAUCAGUAUGGUAUUUAUAGGCAAACGUGGGAAGAAUAUCUAAAGCAUUUGGGAAAAAACACAAGUCUCCUGAAGGCUGCCCUAGCAGUAAAUUCAAAAAAGCAGAUUAUAAAGAAAUCAUAUUUAGAUUUUCUGGUAGGAAAGAUAUGAAAUUAGAUAAAAAGAAAACAUUAGUUCUGAAAGAAGUCAAGGCUCCAAAAACAAAGAAAGAAGUUAAUUUUCUUUUUGGACUAGUACAGCACAAAUUGGUUUGUUUCCCAUUUUGCCAGCUUUGACACUUCUCAUUGAAGAGAUUAAAAUAAACAAUAUUGGUUAUAUUAUGUA